AGCAGCUAAAUAGCCCAAUGGAUACGCCAUCAACGCCUGCUAAAUCUAAUAAUCAACAAUUACCAACGCUCUCGCCUGGUACUCAGGAAUUCCUCAAACGGCAUAAUCUAGAUCAGCGUUUACUAGACAGCGACGACGAUGAUGACGAUAGUUUUGAUCCUGCUUUACUAGCUAGCGCAUCCAGAAAUGCUCUAGCUAAUUCAAAGAUCACAACUGAUAGCAAUAAUCUAAAGGAAUCAUCGAAUAGGGAUUUAAAGGACAUUUCUAAUAAGGACUUAUCGAAUAGACCAACUGCAAACCUCCCACGUAGAGCUACCCCACCUGAUUUCAAAAGGAGUAGCCCUUUAAGUGCUAGUGUCAUUGCAAACUCUAACGUUAAACCUACAAAUAUAGAAAAUAAAGUAUGUUUUGCUAUCCUUUUAUGGAUAUUCUAACAUAAACACGUAGACACCAGCGAAUUUCCAUACUCUAACGCGUAAAGAUGUGCCUUCAAGUCAACAGCGUCCAUUGAGGUUACUCCCGGAGACACCAAAUAUACCAUCAAGUUCAACAUCACAAAACCCGCGUACAGCUACUUCAACUGUACGUCGUCGGCGACCAGCUGCAGGCACACAACGUCCAGAUAAGAAAUGGACACCUGCAAUGUUACAAAUGCUUCAAGGUGGACACGAUGAGGAAGAUUUUGAUAGUCUAGAAGGUAGUGAUGGUGGUGCUUAUCAAUCGACUAGUUAUAAUACACCUGAGAGUGCCAUCUCUGGUUACUCGCCUGAAAAUAACAGAGAGACGAAAGAAAGACCAAUGCUUGGACGUAGUUUUCCAAGCACCUCGAGUUACUCAGCGAGCGAAAAUAGUGUGAGGAAUACGCCGCCUUCCGUAACUCGUUCGACCCAUAAUCUCAAAGAGAGAGAUAGUGAUGAAGAGGAGCGUCAUAGGGCAGCUCUAGAAGAGAGAAGGAGGAAAGACGAAGAAGAGGAAGAACAGCGGGAAAGGGAACGACAGCAAGAGCUUGAACGGGAAAAAGAACGCGAGCGAGAACGUCAAGAGAAAGAGGACCGAGCGAAAAAGGAGGUCGAAGAACAGCGAGAACGAGAACGGCAACAGCAAGAAGAGCAGCAAAAACGACAACAGGAGGAGCAACUUUUGCUGCAGCAACAACAACAGCAAAUGGAAGAAGAACAGCGCAGACGACAACAAGCAUCAGCACCUCCACUCACGGACGCCAUCGUCCCACUUCAACCGCCAUCCUAUGUACCACCUCAGCAGAUGGCUUGGCCGCAGCCCAACCCUUAUCUCGGUAUGCGUCCUCCAAGCUAUAUAAGCGUUAAUGGUGUACCAUAUAUGCGAUUAGAUGAACUAGGCAAAGGUGGAUCAUCGAAAGUUUAUCGCGUUCUUAGCUCGCAGAAUGAAUUACAUGCCAUAAAACGGGUACGCCUUGACAAAUGUGACCCUGAAACGGUUACCGGCUACCUCAAUGAGAUCAGCUUGUUACAGCGACUUAGAGGCAACGACCGAAUAAUAAAGCUCUGGGAUUGGGAACGUACAGGUGGUAAACUAGUUAUGAGGAUGGAAUGUGGUGAAAUAGACUUCGCCCGUUUGUUGCAUGAGCAGCAAGGUAAGCGUUUGAAUAUGAACUUCGUUGGUAUGUAUUGGGAGCAGAUGUUGCGCGCUGUACAUGCUAUUCAUGAAGAAGCCAUCGUACAUUCUGAUCUCAAACCUGCCAAUUUCGUUCUCGUGAAGGGUUCAUUAAAACUCAUUGAUUUCGGAAUUGCAAAAGCUAUACCUAAUGACACUACGAAUAUUCAUCGAGACUCGCAAGUCGGAACAAUAAAUUAUAUGUCGCCUGAAGCAAUUACAAACCCAUCAGGAUUGGGGAACAAGCGGGGGUUAAAGCUGGGUCGACCUUCGGAUGUCUGGUCAUUAGGAUGCAUUCUUUACCAAAUGAUAUAUUCACAUCCGCCAUUUUACCAUUAUCAAAACAUCCACAAGAAGCUUUCAGCUAUACCUGAUCCUAACGUCGUUAUAGAUUUUCCGACAUAUAGUAUACCCGUCGAACCACCACAGCGGACGGCUAGUGGAACUUAUGAACCAGUUCAUCGUCAAGAUCUCGCUGUUAAAGUUGAUCAAGAUGUUUUGAAAACAAUGAAAAGUUGUUUAAAUAGAGACGCAAGGAAGAGAAUGACUAUACCUGAAUUACUUGAUAGUGAUGAAUUUUUACAACCAAAGCAAUCAACGCAAUCACCGAACGGAAAAGCCAACACUUUGAGUAUAAAUCAUGCACAAAUGAAUCAAUUAGUGAAACAAGUUAUUCAAUUCGGUAAAUCACAAUCGAACAAUCCUAGCGUACUCAAACCUGAAACAGUAUCUGGAGUUACACAAGCAUUAUGGAAAACAUUAGGCGAUGCGCAGAAUUAAUAUGUAGAU